GCAGGUUAAACCUUGAAACAUGUCAGGACCAAAAAGUGUGCUUCAUUUUUACCGUUCGUAUAAAGCAGUCAAUAACCGAUAUUACAUCAAAAUCGAGGAGCGAAAAUAUGGGCGAGGUACUUUCGUAGUAGUUGAGAAACACUUCCGUUAGAUGGCAGUGUCAUCAACACGGCAUGAGAUGUCAUGGCAGCAUCCAACUCCCACCACUCUGGACCACUUUCAUGCAAGUAAAGGAGGGGUUUGGAGAAGUGUGCCCCCUCCCUUCAUAUUGCUGUAGAUUCUCACAUGCGAAAUCCAGCAAGACACAACAAGUAUUGAACGUGCAAAGCGCAAAGAAGACGAACUGGAAGGAAAUUAAAAAUGAAAAGAAAAAAGUCCAAGAUAGCUGCAAGUGGAAGCAUACCAGGAGUACACCCAAGUCGCCGUUAGCUUCUGGAAGCUGACCAGUUCUUCAGGAGGCUGCUUAGCAGAACACCGUAGUCUGCAGCCUCUCGUGCCACGGUCCUCAUUCAUCUUUGCUGAGACCCGUCGACAUUCGCUCUUCCUAUUGGUUGCCUCUAACAACACCUGUACUCUGAUUGGCUCGUGUUAUUUACAAGUCUACAACUGAGUGAGAGCGAGAAAGAACGUGUGUGUGAGUCCUUUUUCAGUGCUUCUGUGGAGGAGUGCACAGAAGGAGAGAUACGAAAAGGUAGGAGUGGGGGGUGACGUUAGAGAGAGGCGGACUUUUCAGUAAAAGGGGGAGGGGGUAAAACAGCUAGCGCCAUUAUUGUAAGGGGUUACAUUUAGUUGGUGGAGGUAUAGUAGCUGGGUAUAGAGGGCUAUAGCCUCGACAUACAGGGGCCAUAAAGGAUUCGAAGAAGUAAAGGAGAAGAACGCGAAAGAAAUUUUGAGGGUGAAUAGGGUUUUUUUGAUGCGAUAGUGGGUUUUUAACGGCACGCGGCACCAUUUUAGACCGGGUGCCCGGUUUUUUGCGGGGUGUGUACAUCAUAAAAAAUAUAAAGCUGUAAACGAAAAGAGGUAUUGCAUUAUUAUCGGCAGUCGUAGUCAUUGCUUUGUAUUCUUUGGGUUUUCAUUUGUGGUUAGCUUUUAUUUGAUUUGAGGAUCACAAGGAAAUAAACUUUCUCGUUCUAAAAAUAGGAAGACAGAAGUUAUUUUAUAUUUACUGAACAAACUUUAUAAUCUGCAGCAUUUAAAAACUUUGAAUGUGUUACGGAAUCUCAAUAAUUUUAAUAUGAUGGUGGACCACAUUGUCACUGAAGAAGGGUUAAACCCCAGGAAUGUUGCAUUAACUGUCAGUGCUCGGAGCUGUGCUUAUGACAUCUUAAGUGUGAGUAGGCCUAAAUAUAGUGGACACAAUCAGCUGAUUGCUACAGAUAAGUUGACUGAGGAACAGCGGGAGAAGGAGCAAUGAGUUCAAAAUUCUUGCUUGAUAGUAUGCUCCCUAAAUAUCACCACCAGCUUUAUCAACAUCAUCAGCAACAGUUACUUGCAAGUAGUAAUCCUUCAGCAGCAUCAGCUUUGUUUUCUACGUCACCAUCCCCCUCAACGUGCACCCCUAUCAGUGACAACAACAGUCUCGGCAACAGUGGCUCAGCCGUUAAUUACAGCAGCUCAAUCGGCACCCAGCAUUCGCCCUCAUCAGCAUCCUCAUCGCCACAGCACACUUCGUCAUCAACAUCCCCUGGAAUAGUCUCUUCGGCAGCUGUAAGUAGCAGGAUGUACCCUUACGUGUCUGCAGCUGCAGUUCAUCACCACCACCAGCAGCAACAAGCCGUCGCGGCAGCUGCGUUCGCAGGAGCUGCAGCAGCUUCUGGUUCCAUGGUACCAGGAGCAUUCUCAUCUUCAGCGGCUAGCUCGGCAGCUUUGGCAUCGUGCAGGUACACUGCAGGACUGACAGGAAAUGUGCCGACACCAGAUUCCAUGGUUAAUUACACCCUUGGACAUCAUCAUCAGAACGGAGCCGCUGCUUCGGCUGUGUCUGCGGCUAGCACAGCGUCUGCAGCGUCGGCAUCGAUGGCUGCCGCGGCUCAGUUCUAUCAUCAGGCUGCUGCAGCUUCAGCCGCCGCGGACCCGCUGUCGUCGUGCUCUCAGCCCGGGGCAGCGUCUGCCGGCCAACCCAUCCCGGACAUCCCUCGGUACCCGUGGAUGUCUAUCACUGAUUGGAUGAGCCCUUUUGACAGAGUCGUUUGUGAAAACCUAUUCGUGGCGUGCUGCUACUUCGGUUUCCACUGGUUGUCAGCAAUGAUAUCUGACGGAUGUGCUGGCGGUACGGAACAACCUUCCCGCUAUCCGCCAUCACUGUGCUGCUUGCAUAGUUUCCUAGCCCUGACGGCACAAACGCCAAAUAUUCUUGUAUUUAUUCGUGUUCCUCCUGUGAAAUGUUACAUUUGUUUAAAAAGCUGUUCAAAUAAUGGCGUUGCCCACGAAGACAAACUGAGACACGAAAAGAAAAAGAUACUUUUUUAAAAUUUAGAUACCUAGCAUAAGUAAGUAAUUACGUAUAUAAAAAUUUAUUCAUUGUGUAGAAAAUUUUCUUAUCUUAGUCUCUAGUUUCUACAUUCUCCUGGGCUAGGUCGUUUACUUUCUUAAAAUCCAAGCAUGCCUUGCGGGAUUGUUUCGCAGAACCAGUCGAGAUGUUUGGGAAAGAAAGGCAAUUUUUAAAAAAAAUCCCUUGAUAAGACCAAGUGUACGAAAUUAUCGAUAAAAAAUUGUAUUUCACCUGCGUACCAGCAUUUUGAAUGUAAAUAAAUGUGUGGUGUGUAAAUAAAGGCCGCUUCUUUGCAUGAUAAAAGGCAGUUGGUGUGUCUGCCUUGUUUUUUCAGUUUCCAAAUUUAUAAAUUAACUAACAGUGUGAUAAGAAAUAUGCAUAUUCAGAAUUAUAAAUUCAUUUUCUGCUACUUUACAGAUCAUAUCCAACACAUGCAUAAAAUAGAAACAGUACAUUUAUUUGUAAUAUAAUAAAUAAUGUACUUUUGUGUAAGAAACUCCAUUCUGCAUGCAAAAAUAGAUGUUUGAAGCUUAAAAACCCAGGCGAUAUUUGCUACCAUAGUCAAUACACAGCAUUAUAAAACAAAAGAAGCGCUGAUAAUGUUAUUCGGAGUGAGUGUAAAUUCGUGAUGUCAUUUUGAGCCUUGGGCUGCCCGCCACCGGCUUAAUAUGUGGCUCUGAGGACCUUCUAUUCUAUUGCUGUACGAAAUAACGUACUAACAGCUGAAAUGUGCUUUUUCAAAAUUUCGAACAAAACCGAAAUGCUUCUAAAAUAAUGGAUAUUUAUCAUGUUCAUCUGGUUUCACAAAGGCAGAAAAUUCUUUACUAGCUGGACGACUAUUUGCUUUAAAAGAAGGUAUGUGCUCCGUAAAGUUAGUUAAUGAAGUAAUUAUGUAAGAUACAGUUUAUAGGCAUAUCAUAAACUAAGAACCAAUUGUUUAUAUUUCUAUUCAUAAUUUCAUGAUUGGUUUUCCGUUCUACAUAUGUUGCCACUCUACCUGUCGAAGGUGCAGAUAUUUACAGAAAAUGAAUAACUGGCAUUGAAAAAGUGGUGAAUGUGAUUGUGUAAUUUAAAUCCGGAAUAUUAGUAAUGGCACAUAACACUUUUUCUGUUUUAUUUUAUUUGUUUUGAUUACACUCAUGUAAGAAUUGUUAUAAACCGCAAACCGUCCAUAUUGAAGGUACCGAAUAUAAAUAUCGAUGUAGUUGUAACAUGAAGCUGUACGGCAGUCCCAUUGGCUUUCCAUCAUAGCAAACUCCGGUGAAUCGUUACUCGCCCUAUGUGCUCGCUUAAAUAUUAUAUGUUAUGUCUUUGCAAAAGACAGUCUGACAUCAUUGAGCGUUUUGUUUCAGAAAUACCAGAUUCUUAUGAUCGAAUAGAUCUUGAAACUUUUGUACAGGAUGUUUCACCGUACUGUGUCCGACCAUAUCGAAGAAGGAGUGCUAAAUUUACCAAGUCCCAGACCCGGAUUAUGUAUUUGAGAAUGAGCGAAGACAGAUUUCAUGUUGUUAAUAAAUUUUAUCUAAGUUUCUUGUAGCGUGUUCUUAAAAUUAUGGGUCAAAAAUAAGAAUUAAAAAUAAUCAGGUACCCACUUCUGUCGUCUGAAAAUAAGCAUGUUUAUGGGCAGAGAAGAGGAGUAGGAUCGUCUGGUGUUUUGUCACUUUCAAGCUACAAAGGCCACAAGUCACGGGAGUUGGCCACGUUAAUUUGCUUCGCGUCUGACUGCAUUUCAGUGAUUUUGUCUCGGCACAUUACAGAAGGUAUUCCCCGAUGAAAAACGUUCUGAACUGCGGGGUUUUCUACAUUGUCACACGUGCCCCUGUUCAUACUGUGCGUACAACGCGGAAAUGUUAUUUUGAGCGGUAGUACUGAGUUGGGCAUGCGCAGAGCGUAUCAUGUUAACUCCUGCCUUCCAGGAAACGCCAUCUAUAUUAGACGGCAAGUUAAAUGAUGCAGACA